GAGAGAGAGAGAGAGAGAGAGAGAGAGACACAGAGAGAGGGAGGAUUACAGUCGUUUAAACCGCGUGCGUCUCGCCCGUUCACCUGCACUCACUGGGACUUCAUGAGACGCACUUUACAAGGAUGUCGAGCCGUGCUCCUCGUGCAUUCUAAACGGCAGAUGAUAUGGAUUAACUGACUUGUCACUGUCUGGGGAAGGUGCGACGUCUUUUCUUGUGGCGCUUUUCGAAGUUGUUCCACAUCCAGGACGGUCGGCUCGCGCUGCGCUCAGGAGGGGAUUAGAGAGGAGAUACUCGCUAUUCGGAGAUGAAGACACGUCACGCUGGUCCUCUUCAGCAGAACGAUGGACGGAGAGAAAGCAGAGCGGGACUGUAACUGGCGGCUUCAUGGAGCCCUGAUACACAGGGCAGAGAGCAGGUAAAUGGAGGUGCAGGACAGGAGCCGCUCCCCGUCCCGUAGAACCAGCCGGGUGGAGCAGGUGGUGGGACGAUGGCUGAGAAGGUCUCGAGACCUAGGCAGCAGAUCUCACUCUCUGAGCAGAGACCGGGUUGCAGUGGAUGGGAAGUCAGCAGAGUGCAGUGGCUCGGAUCAGAGGAAUUACCCCUUCCGCUUCAUCCUUCAGAUCCAACGGGACCCGGACCUCAACUCUCAUGGCCUCACUCUGUCCUCCCAGACCCCCAUCCUGGUGCACGAGGUCACCCCAGGUGGUCCUGCAGAUGGCCGGCUUGUCCCUGGCGACCAGCUCGUGAAGAUCAAUAACAUCGCUGUCGAUGACCUGACCCCGGAACAAGCUGCUGAAAUAAUCAGGGAGUGUCAAGAUACAUUGACGAUGACGGUCCUCAGAACGAUGCUGGGCCCAAAGUCCUCGUUCAUCACACCAGAGAAGCGAGCCAAGCUCCGGUCCAACCCGGUCAAAGUCCACUUUGCUGAGGAGGUGGAGGUCAACGGACACUCUCAGGGCAACUCGCUGCUCUUCCUGCCUAAUGUUCUGAAGGUGUAUCUGGAGAACGGGCAGACCAAGGCCUUUAAAUUUGACCCCAGCACCACAGUCAAGGACAUUGUGAUGACACUGAAGGAAAAGCUUUCUCUGAGCCACAUUGAACACUUCUCCCUGGUGCUGGAGCAGCAGCACAGCAUUACCAAACUACUGCUGCUGCAUGAUGAGGAGAGGAUACAGCAGGUGGUCCAGAAGAAAGAGGCCCAUGACUACAGAUGUCUGUUCCGUGUUUGUUUCAUGCCCAAAACCCUCCACACGCUGCUGCAGGAGGAUCCCGCUGCCUUUGAAUACCUCUACCUGCAGGGGGUGAAUGAUGUGCUGCAAGAGCGCUUUGCAAUAGAGAUGCGGUGUAACACGGCCCUGCGACUCGCCGCGCUGCACAUCCAGGAGAGAUUGGCGAGCUGUGGACAGUCCCCAAAAACCAACCUGAAGAUGAUCACGAAGACGUGGGGCAUAGAGAACUUUGUGUCAUCCACCUUGUUGAGAAACAUGCGAGAGAAAGAUCUGAAGAAAGCCAUCGGCUACCACAUGAAGAAGAGCCAAUCACAGAACGACCCCAAGCAGAAGGGUCUGUCAGUGGAUCAGACACGGAUCAACUACCUGGAGGAGCUGAGUGAUCUCAAGUCAUUUGGAGGGAAAUCCUUCAGUGCCACAAUGAUGCUUCAGGACCGGGAGUCCAUGGUGACCUUGUUGGUGGGGGCGCGCUACGGGGUCAGUCAGGUGGUCAACCACAAACUGAGCAUCCUGUCCGCCCUCACAGAGUUCACCUGCAUCACACGCAUCGAGCUGCUGCCUGAAUCCGACAAGGUCAGCCUGGUCAAAAUAUACCUGCAGGACAUCAAGCCCAUCACAUUACUAUUGGAGUCAGCAGCCGCCAAAGAUAUGUCCUGCCUUAUAGCAGGGUACUGUCGAGUGUUUGUUGACCCCAACCUCAACAUCUUUCCCUGGAUACAUGCCUCCAAGAAGCACAGAGUGUCUGCUGAGGAAGGUUAUGUGUCACGGUGUGGCAGCGACUCAGACACCUCCUCAGACUUGGACAUGGAAGCGCUGGUCAACAAGGUGUCUCAUGAUGAGAGGCCGUGCCCUCGUCUCAGAUCCUCCUCAGACCCAGACGGAAGAAAAAGAAAAGACAGAAACAGAAGAAGAAAUAAAGAUGGCAAAGAAAAGGGAGAUAAACCUUGGGAUGAGAAUAAAAAGCAAAAGGAAGAAAAGGAUGCUGACACCGAAAAGGAAAGGUUUCCACUGGAUAAGAAUAGAGAGAGUAAGAAUGAGGCAACACCGCACAAGGAGGAGACGGAGAGAGCGCAGGAUGGUGGGCAAACACAGGCCGAGGUAAGGGACAAUGAUUCUGGGGAACGGUGGGAAAAUGUGGGACAAGAAGGUCAAGGUGGAGAAGAGGUGCAAGCACCGGAGGAGCCGUCAGUAUCAGAAGCAUCUGAUUCUUGUAACACUGACUCUCGUGUCAUCACCAGCCCCUCAAGCGACUCCCUCGAUGCUUUGGAGGAAGACGACCUAAUUUCAUGUUCUUCCUCCUCCAUCUUCCCCAAUGCUCCCUCACAAACUCAUGCUAAUAGCCUUUCUCCCAUUCAGAUUCAUCAUUACUCCCACAGGCACCUUCAUCCCAACCUCCUCGCCCCACCGCCAGCUCACGCCCAUCCCCUCAUCCACCUCACAACUAACGACAGACGAGGAGGUGGCUGCAGGAGGUCAGGCGACGGAGACGAUUCACAACUCCUCGCACCCGUCUCCCCCUCUCCCAGCCUCCACCGCGUGCAGAAAUGUCCAGAAAACCCCUGCUCUGACGACAACUCCAUGUGUUUUGCCGAGCUCUCCCGCCUUGUGGACUUCCUCCCGAGCCCUCCGGAGGCCAGCGAGGACGAUGAAGAUGAAGAAGAGGAGUUGAGGAGGAGGAAGAGGAGGGGGAAGAUGUUGAAAGAAACGGGUGAGUAUGUGAGAAGAGCAGGUGACAGAGGAAGCGUAAGCGCAGAGGGCAGUUUUAGAGAACAUCCACUGUCCCCGUCCCCGUCCUCCUCCCACUUGGAGUUUGUGUUCAACUUCGACCAAAGCGACGCUCGCUGCUACUACAAACUCUGCUCCAACAUCACCCCCGACAGCGCUCACGGCCUUCCCUGCCCCCCGCAUCAUAAUGAGGGAGGAGAUUGGGAGAAGGUGGAGGAAGAUCCAGCUAAGGCGGUUUACCUGGAGCCCAUCCCCAUCCUUCAGCCACCACCUGGCUUUGGAGAUAGCAGCUCUGACGAGGAGUUCUUUGACGCCAGAGAUCGCUUCACCUCCCCUGAAGACCCAACCUUUGGGGGCAUGCCAAGAGAUAUUCGCACAGAGAUGAAACUGGACUUCCUCAGCACACUCAGCCUGAGUGACAUCAGAGUCUCAGUGACAGACGCAGACAAAGAAGGAGAAGUGGAAGAAGAUAUAAAAGAAGGAAACGAGGAAGGGGGAGGCAGAGAAACAUUGUUCCAGCUCAGAAAAAGAUCCCGUAAGCGCCGUUCCUUCAUGGAAACUGAUUUCACCUCUAGGGUGUCAUAUCCAGAGCCAAAUCCAGAAAAGCAGGACAUAAUCUCUAGUAGGCUUCGUAAGAACAUUUUGGCAGAUGCCAAUGAUGCACAGAUGCUGAGUUCAGACCCUGAACCUUCAGCGCAAACCCAGAAUCCCAGUCCCACUGUCUCCUCUUUGAAUCAUUCUGAAGGGGAAGCGGCUCAGCUCGAGUCAAAACCCAUCCUAUCUAAACCCCGCUUGCUUGGAUCUAGCUCUCCUUGUGGUUUGGGGUCUCAUGAGCAGACUAGAGAUCCACAGGCCCCCAGGAGCAGGAAACAUGAAAUGGAAAUGGAACCUGAUGCAAUGGAAUCCAAAUCGGUCACAGAUCUGGUGAAGGCAGCAUCUCCUACAAUCACCGUAGUCCGCUAUCGGGUGGAUCCAGACGGGAAGGAGAGUGCUGAUCGGAGGUGCAAUGGAAAGGAAGAACUGGUAGAAGGGGAGGAACAGGAGAUGACGGGUAUGGGGAAAGGGGAGGGAGAGAAGGAGGAGACAGCAGGUGUGUCUGUGAAUGGGCCAUUCACUAAUCAUAUGUUUUUGCCAGAAAGCACUGAGGAGGAAGGUCAGGGGGUGAAAGAGGAGGUGAGAGGUUACUCAGCGAGUUCAAAGAGACCACUCAUAGGUACUGAGAGGCAGCCGGAGUCCAACACCUUGUCUACAUGUUUGAUAGACGUGAAUAAAAAGAGUAGUAAUGGCCUUUUAGGAGUGCAUCUGAUUGCUCUAGAGAAAAACUCAUAUGUAGAGAAACAUAUGCUUGAAGGUGUGUGUGAAAAGUCAAACCCUCAAUCAUACUCACCACCACCCCCUCCACCCUCAUCGCCUCUACCUCCAAUACCAGUUCUUCACAAAUCCCAAAGUGACUGUUUUGUUAGGGGAGAAGACCGCAGCGAAAACACGGGAACCUCAACCAAAAUGUCUUUAUCUUAUUCUGAGAUGUCACUUGGCAAACAAAGUCACACUAAAAAAGCACAAUUAUAUUUAGACAUCACCACCAGUGUUAAUGAGGAUGACGCAAUCGGUCUUGUUAGCUCUACUAGCGAUGAAGUUACUGACAGCACCAAUUCGGACAAUGUUUUUGAUGAUGAUGAGGUGAGUAACUCCUUAAAUUCUAUUUCAAGUAAGAAAGGUGAUUUUGCUAUAGCUACAAAGCAUAGCAUGAGUGCAAAUUCAGCUCCUGCAAGUAAAGGAGAGUCUCAAAUUACUAUCAAAUCUCUUACCAACACUGAAGCUCAUUCAAGAAUUAAUUCAGUAAACUCUGAUUAUACUCGAGCUAUAAGCUCUAUCACUGCAAAGCUUGGAGCUGCAACAAGUGCUACAUCUCCAACAUUUAAUGCAGGUACCAGAUUGCCAAGUGAGACACUUGAAAGUGCUUCAUGUUUAAAUCAAAAUGUAGACAAACCCAGAAGUGAUUGCUCUAUGCCAAGUGCUGAAGCCAAAGAUGGUUUAGUUAGUCCUAGUUUAGUGAAAGCUAACACAGCCACAAUAUACAAUCUCUCCAAAGCACCUCCUUCUCCGUCUCACUUCCUCUUCCAGGCCUGUUCCCCUAGCUUUAUGGGUCGCUUAUCUUCUUCCACACUAAGGGGUAAGAUUCAAAAUUUGCCCCUUUAUUUAUCGCGGUCCCAGGAAACCCUCCACCAAGCUGGGGUUGGGGAUGUAACUCAAAGUUCUGCUAAGGACAACAGUAGGCAAGAGAUCACCAUCAAAGUCACGGACGUUGACGACACCACACAAACCAUAGACUAUGAAAUGACCACUGCAGAAUCAGUGGAGUCAGAUGACUCGGAUACAACAGUUACAGGAUCCGAGGUGGACGGGGAGUUUUUUGUGAAAACAAACUCAGCAAAGAGUUUUCUUUCUGUGUCAGAAGUGAAGGAAAUAUGCUCUCCAUUGCCUGUCCAGACUGAGCCCAAACUCCAACACCAAAAUCAGCUUCCUUACACUGGACCUAUCAAGAACACACCAGGACCAAUAACGGAGCCUCCUGCUUCAAUUGUGAACAGCCUCCAAAAAGACUCGUCAGGCCAAAAGAUGGACACUCCUGGCCCUAUAAAAUAUUCUCCAGAAUUAAAGAUUAAGGUCACAAGUCCAGGUGAAGACACUCCAGGUUAUAAAAUGGACAAUCGGUCACGUUCUAUCCCCCCUCCAAUAGUGGUUACCACACAGAAUCUAAAUGGGCCAGGUCUCCCUUUCCAUAGUCAGUCACAGAAAGUAAGACGGACCAGUAGCGACAGACCUUUGAUGGGUCUUUGUAGGACUCCAGAGCAGACUUCAGACUCAUCAAAAAUACUUUCUUCAAGCUGCAGGGUGUUUACCAUCUGUGAAGAUCCAUCACAGAUAAAGAGCCCAGUUGAGGUGGGAACUACCCCACCCUUGAAGUCUGAGUUUGGCUGCACUGGCUGCACUUCUUUGCAAGUGUCUGUAUGUGAGUCAGUUGUGGAAGGGAUUCAGAUGCCGCUGGAUGCUUGUGGUUGCCCAACGGUCUACACCAACUGCUUCGGCAGUGGGGACAGCUUUGACGAGGAGCUGACUGUCUACGAGUUCUCCUGCCGCACACAGAGCAGCGGCGUGACCCAGACUUCUGGAACAGGUCUUCCUCUCAUGACCUCGCCACCCGUACCCUCCUUUCUCUCCACUUCUUCCACCAACUCUCCCUCCUUUCCACACUCCAUCCUUUUCUCUUCCUCUACCUCUGAGCUCAGCCCUCUCCUCUCACCAUUGUCUGACGCCUCUGACUGUUUCCUGUCUCAAACGCACAAGGACACCAUCAGUCGGCUAGGCCAGCAGCGCUACCCAGAACCCCCAACAGGUUUCCAAGUACUCCGCGUAGACGUGGACCAGCUCCUUUCCAUUCUGGAAAGCAGCGGUGCUGACCGAUCUAUGGCAGGCCAUGGAGGUCGACACCCAAAGGACACCUGCCCUACCCACUUUACAGAAAACAAGAGGGUGCUCCAGAUAGAGGCACGGCGGCUGAUGUCAGGCUGCCAGAAGGUUGUGGGGAUUGGACAGAGUCCAGACGACAUGCUCCACUCCCUGGCUGACAGUUUCCGGACCCUGGUGGAGUUGGCAGGUAUAUGCCUCUGGUUCUCUGGUUGCGAAAGGUGCGACCGGAGGAACGCUGAGGCAGUCGCAGGUCUGGCAGACGUGGCCCGUUCAUUCAGGGACUUCUGUCUGGCCGCAGAGCGAGCCAGCAGCAAGCGCAGCUGCCAGGAUCUGAGCACCAAGCUGCUAGCGAAACAGUGCACCGCGCUCACCGCCUCGGUCUUCUGCCUCACUCAGCUCUUCCGCACCCUCACUGCACUAUGAGUGGACCUCGGAAGUCUUUUAAAAUGACCUACAAGCUACCAAGGGCAUGUAACCUCAGAUACAUGAGGUCACCAGUGAGCCCACAGCUGCUGCAGAUGUGGGUGUAGCAACCCACAACAAUAAUGAUUUUGACGGGCAGUGUGAGGUGAGGUUACCUCAGAAACACACUGGUGUCACUGAGCUUCAUGACAUCUCAAAUGAUCCCAAAAACUUUAAACAUUAUAGUGACAGUUUGAGCACGUACUGUGCAAUCAAACAAAACAGUCAGCCAACAACCAGACUGUAGGGUGGUGCAAGCUGCUGAAGCAGAACCUGCUCACAUUCCAGUAUUGAGGAACUGAUGUACUUGAAUGUAUUCUAUGUUAUCUAUUAUGUUUAUUUAUUUAUUUAAUGAGUUACUACAGUGAGAAAACAAGGAAUGUAAAGACAAGGAAGGAAUUUGGAAAUGUUUACAGGCAUAUCUUUAGAUAGAGGAGAAGUGGGCCUUUUACACACACACACACACACACACACACACACACACA